AUGCAAGAUUCAGCACAUAGCCCUCAUGCCCCUGGUAUAGAGAGUCCGCAGGCGAGAAGCCCUGAUGCGGCCCAGUUUGGCUCUGAAGGAUUGAGUGAAGGUGACAGAAGAGCGAAAUCUGCGUGCAUACGAUGUCGUAAUCGUAAGACAAAGUGCUCUGGUGACAUCCCAUGUAAACGAUGUAAGAAUGGAAAUUUUAAGUGUGAGUACAUGAGGAAAAGGAAAAGAGUUAGUUUAUACGACACGGAGAUCGAAGAUUAUGUCCUUAAGAUCCAAGCCUUGGAGAAAGAGGUGCAGGAUUUGAAACAGAGCUUGGGUGGUGAGAAUGGUAAAGGUGCUAGUGGUAUCAGUAAUACUAGUAAUAACAAUAAUAACAAUAAUAAUAAUAGUAAUAAUAAUAAUGACAAUGGUAGUGUCAAUUAUAGCAGUAGCAGGAAAUAUCCAGCCAAAGAUUCGGCAGGAAAUACCAUAGAUUCAAAGGGCUCUGUCGAUCUUUCGGUUUAUUUGGGCUCUGGUAGUAGUGAGCUUGUGUGCUGGAAUCUUAAACGGUUUACCAUGAAUCAGAAAAACCAAGUCAAAUCCCUGGAGGUGUUCUUCUCUCCAGAAUUUAAUUCCUUCAUCGAAGAAAGUGUUUAUGAUUAUUUGUUGACUGACACAUCUAUACCGAGCUUGUAUGCCGUUGAGACUUUGACUAUCGAUAAGGUCGAGUCGCUCCUUGCUAACGUUGUGUUGUUUAUCAACUCGGGAUACCUUACUUUGGAUCCGAUGUCGUUUAAAAAAAAGUUGCCCCAAUAUUUUGAUAGUAACGGGGUUUUCAAAAUCGAUAAGUUGAAAAGAGGUUCUAGUGGUGGUAGUCCCAUCAGAACUCCAUCUACAGUCGCUUCGAUACAUUCCCCUUCUCCUUCUGUCACUGCGGAUUCGGAUUAUUUCUUUUUGAUAAAGAUUAUAAUGAUCUGCACUUUGGGCGAAAUAUAUAGUCCAGAGUGUUCUUUGGGAAGCAGAUUACAACAUGGCGAUAUCAGUAUUAAUGAACCAACUCCCAAUAAUGUGAAUUUCACUCUUAGCACCACACCCGGAUUACAGUUUUUCAAGAUUGUUAUACACUUCCUACCAUCAAUAUUUUCAACCUUGAAUCUUUCAAGAAAGAACCUCGAGUCCAAUUUGGAUAUAAUUGAGCUAUUGGGCCUCAUUUCUAUAUACUUACGAUGUAUUGACAAGAAAAACCUUGCGGUCAUGUUUACGAUCAACGCCCUUCAAUUGUGUGUUUCAAUGAACUUGCACAAGAAGUCAAAUAAUACCACCGAAACAAGAAUCUUCUGGUCAAUAUUCUGCUUAAACAGAUUCUUUUGCCUGAGAAUUGGUAAAUCUUUAUUACUUAGGGAAGAUGAGAUUACCACCCCCUUGCCCACUUUUGAUUCUAGAGUGGAUAACAAUCAGACAAAAUCACCAUCAUCCGAUGAGUUUUCUAAGUCAAAUUUAAUGGUUCACUACAUCUAUCUAGCAAAAAUUGCUGAGCAGAUCACAAAUGAAAUAUAUUGCUUCAAGCCCCUGGUUGUUGAUAAGAAUAAGGAAUAUUUAAACUCUAUAUUAACGAUAGUGCAUGAUCUUGUCGACUGGGUUAGUCAACUACCUGAGUUUUUGAGACUAAGGUUACCCUUAGAAUCAGGAAAUCCCUCCAAUAGAUUGAUCUAUACUUUGCAUUUAAACUCUUUACAUCAUAUAUAUUUGUCAUGUAUCCCUAUCCUAUUAAACUUGACAAAGCUGAGAAUUGCCAAUAACAAGGACAACCUGCUGACUGCGUUUGAUCUUGAACAACUACCCAAAAACAUCAGGACCAUCAUAAGAAUAUGUAUCCAAUCAUCUCAACUUACUAUUAAUUUAUUUAUUGCCCUCUACAAGGAGAAUUUAACUAGAAUCUUUGGUUUCACGGAUUUAGAUUACCUUUUCAGCUCAUCACUUGUAUUUAUAAUCUGUCUAAUAUUAAAAUUGCCUAACAUAGAAGAGAAUUAUACUUACGAGGAGUAUCUUCAGGUUGCAAUUAACUUGAUCGGCGAAAUGAAGAAUAGAGGUAAUUUAGUUGCGAGAGGUAAGUUAAAUCAAAUACUAGACUUAACUCAAAACUUGAAAAAUGGAACUGAUGGCCAGCAUGAGUUUGGCUCUUUGUACCAAUAUAUAAAAGGCUAUUACUACAAUCAAAACAAUCAACCGACUAUAGUUAACUUAAUCAAUGAAACUGAAGCUGUUAGACAAUAUGAGCAUAUUCAGUCACCUGCAGCCUUAUCAAUCACACAUUCAAAUUCACUUCCUACAACUCAACUUCAUCCAAACAAUAUUUUUAGCACUUACCCUUCAAAUAGCCCACAUUCUCCAGCUGCCAAUACUCCUAAGGACAAUACCAAUCAGUUGCUUAAUGAUUUUGAACUUGGAAAGGAUUUCACAGAUUAUUCUAGUUUGACUGAACCCCUCUUCAACGACUUCCCGUUGGUUACAGAGGAAGAUAUGAUGUUUAUGAACAAUAUAAUUCAAGAUUUCCAGUCAAUGAGUGAUUAUGUCAAUAGCUAA